CCUACUCUUUUCUUUUUUAUAGUUUGAUUUUAAGACAUUUCAUCAAAUUUUGAAAAACAAUCUGCUACAUGACAACUCAUAAUUUGAAGGCUUGAGUGGGUAAGAUGUGUGUGUGUUAGCUCCAGGAUGGGAACAAACUUUUUUUAUUUGUAUAUAUAAUAACCCCUUUAGCUAAUUCCCCCUCUUUAAUAAAUUCUUCCUUCCUUACCAAAUUAUAUCCCCACAUUUUGUGUUUUUUUCAUCGAUGCGGUUCUUGAAGAAGUCUCCUACUGCAGGCGCCGGUGUGAAGCCGCGUGGUAUAAUAAUAACAAUAUUAACGGCGGUGACUUUUUUGACGUUAUUGCUACUGAUUUCUUCUUCAUCUCCGAUCCUCCAUAAUGUUAAUGUUGUGAAGUUGAAGAAAGAAGGAGCAAGAGCAACCCCAUCGUCGUCUCAGAAACUCCACCACCGUAGGAUGAGGCCGCCAUUCUAUGUUUUACAGUCAAGUAAGAGAAAAGUUCCAAAUGCUUCAGACCCACUUCACAAUCGUUGACUCAUUGAUUACUACUCCUUUUCUUAUUCCCCUCCUUUCUUCCUUUUCGUUUACAUUUACAUCAUCCAUCUUUUCGUAUAUAUAAACGUUUCUAUAAGUAAUCACAUUCAUUUUUCAUACUUUGUGCUGUGUGCAAAUGAUAGAUGAAAACGUUAUCGGAAUAGUUUUCUAUAUUUUGGUACCUCGUGACUCGUGUCACUUGGGUUCUACAAUGGGAUGAGUUAAACUAUUAUCUUGGAUCCCAUAUAUAAUACAAAAAUUUAAUUUACCCUUGACGGUUUUCAAUCUAAUACACAUAUAUAUUGCUGUUUUUACGCUUUGAAGAUUGUGUUUCUAUUAUGUGAUUAGUCAUGAUUCGCUGUUCUUGUUUCUAGUAAUCCGAUUAUAAGAUGUUAAUUAGGAGUUUAGUUUCAGUAGUUAAAUUAGGACAAAAUUUUAAUUGUGGAUGAAAAAGUAAUAAGAAACGAAAGGAAAAAUUAAAAACGUGGGUGUGGCUGAGAUGGGGAUAAGGGUAUAGGGUGGAUAUUUCAUUCUCUGGUGGAUGAAUGGAUAUGAGAAGGAUAAAAUCUUGUUUGGUCUUCCAAAGUUUGUAAUUUAUUGCUUAUUUACAACCAAAAUUCUUGCUAAUUAUUUUUUCUUAAAAAUAACGUUAAUUAGGUAACAGAUGAAAUUUUUGUAAGCGUUGCUAAUUUCUAGAACAUGAAAUACUGAGCAUUUCAAGAGAGAUUGUUGCCUUGAUUAGGAAAGGCCAAGAGUCAUACUUGGAUUUAUUUUUAGAUUAAAGUUCAAUGUCAUCAACUAUUCAACCUGUUCGAAGAAUGAAAAGAGGGUUCGAUUGAUGUUUUUAUCAAUCAACAGUAAGAGUACUAUAUAAAAUGCGAACACAACUAUACUAAUAUAGAUAUAUAAUGUUUAUAUAUUGUAAAUUAUCCACUCUAUAUAUUAUAUUGUAGAAAGGCAAGGGCUAUUUAGACUGACGUUGGGGGUGAUAAAUUAAAUAUAGCAAUUCAGAAGUUACCCCAUUAGUAUUAUAUAAAUAAUGUAUAAUGUCAGUUGAGUGGAGAAUAGUGGAAGUAUUGAAUUUGAAUAAUGAUAGUGAAUGCAAAUUUAGGUAGAUCCUAAAAUUUGGUGAAGUUGGUGAGAAAUGGGACAUUUUUAGCUGGCUUUGUUUUGUCAUCUUCAUAAUUUUGCAGUAUCUUAAGGUUGUAAAGAAUUAAAUUUCUGCACUGUCAUUUUCCUAAGGUUACAAAUGGAAUUGUGGAUGAUGAUGUUUCUUUGUAGCUGUCAAGUAAUUCUAUUGCUUCCUAAAAUCUUCUUUCUUCUUAUUAUUUCUCCAUUUUCUUUUAACUCUUUUUUAUCAGCAUAAAUUAGAAAUUUUUAGAUUAAAAUAUCAUUCUAUUUUAAAUAUAGAAAAACAAACCAAAAACAAUAAAAAUAUAGUUUUAUUUAAAAAUAUUUUGAAUUAAAGUAUUUCUUAUUGAGAAAUGGUCAACAAAAGAGAGGAUAUAAGAUUUGGUUUUUACCAUUUUAGAAGCAAAUCUGUGCUUCCACAUUUUACUGGGUCAACUAAGCUUAAAAUUAUUUGAAAGUUGAUGAUGGUUGAUGUGGCGGAAUUAGUGGAUAGUGGCAUGGCAUGGCAUGGCAUGCAAUUGUGUUUACUCUUUGAAGGAAAGCAAAGUCCGACACUUUUAAUUAAUACCAAAUUAUAAAAUAACCAACGCACGCUUCUUAUAAUCCUUCCUUCUCAUUCUCUUUUCAAUUAAACUAAGAUUUUAUAUUUUCAAAUGAAUAUGAAUACACACAAUUUUCGAAACGUAAUAAUUUUUAUACUUAUUGCCGCAAAAUUUACAAAUUUAGUAUCAAAGUUGUUUUAAUUUUCUUAAUAAGAAAAGAAAAAUGGAGAUGAAAGAUUGCGUAUCAAUCAGUGAUCACCAUCUUCACCGCUGAUGGUGUUAUAUUGUUAUAAUGUUGUGAAUGAUUGGAUUCAAGAAUGGUAAUAUGUCCUUUUAACUUCACCGCCAAUCAAUCCCUCUGCUCAUCCCCAUUCUCCAUUCUCCAUUCUCCAUUCAUAUUUAUUAUAAUUCACAUCUCAUUUUCCUUACACUCCAAUUUUCCUCCGCUGCUUCCUCUUCCUCUUCCUCCGCCAUGUCCGAUCAAGAAAACUCCCCUCAGUCCCAUCUACAAUUCCCAGACUCCGAUAUCAAAGACAAAGACCCCAUCAAACCCCCCAUGCCAUUCGCUACCAAAUUCAGCAUAUGGCCACCAACACAACGCACUCGCGACGCCGUUAUAAGCCGUCUCAUCGAAACCCUCUCCACCCCUUCCAUUCUCUCUAAGCGUUUCGGCAUCAUUCCGCCCGAUGAAGCCGCCAACGUCGCGCGGAUCAUAGAGGAAGAAGCGUAUGCCUCCGCCAAUGGCUCUCCCCCUUCCGUGGACGACGGCGUCGAGAUUCUGCAGGUUUACUCCAAGGAGAUUAGUAAGCGUAUGCUCGAGGCGGUGAAGGGUAGACCGAUUCCCGCGGCUCCGGCGGAAAAUGGUGAGACGGAGGAAGUAAGAUCACCUGUUGUUGAACCUAAUCACGAAACCCCAACUUUGGAAACUGAAUCUUGAAUUUCUCGGUUUUUUUUUCUUCUUUUUGUCUUAAUCUUAUUACCCUGUUUGAGCUUCUUUUUUCUGGAGAUCAGCGUGUUCUCUGUCCAUACAUUGGCUGCAAGAUAAUUAUUUGUUCUUGUGUUUUAUGGUCUUAAAUUCAAUGAAAAAUGCAAUUUUUUUUGCCUAGUGAUACUUAGCUUUGAUUUGAGCUC